AUGACUUCAACGACACUGUUUCGUCUUGACCAACGAGUCUCGAUCGCCGGCAAAGGCUUAGGCACAAUUGCUUUUGUUGGAAAAACUGAAUUUGCUGAUGGUGAAUGGAUUGGUGUAAUUCUCGAUGAGCCGAAAGGAAAAAAUAACGGCACUGUACAAAAAAAAGACGGAACAAUUGUACGAUACUUCACAUGUAAUGAUAAUCAUGGUCUUUAUGUUCGACCGGGACAGAUUGAAUCUGUACUGAAUGAUUUACAGUCGGACUUAACUCGAUCAGCAUCGAACCAUUCGAUUAAAUCCCAAGGCAGUAGUACAGGAAGUAUUCCACAACCUUCAAACUCUGCCGUUCCAAAAACAACGAGUAUCCCAGCGAAACAAACUGGACUUCGAGCUCCAACACCUAGUACAGCAAGCAAACUACCAGGUUUGACCCGGUCAGGUCCAUCAAAUAAUGAUCUUACCGCUACCACAGAACGAAUCUCACCACCGAAAGAAGAUGUCAAACCAAAGCCUACAACGACUAUGCCUCCACCUUCAACAAUACCAGCUCCAGUUUCGACUCCGACUGCAGCCGAAUCAACGAAUCCUUCUCGGAAAUCUAUUCCGGCGGCAGGCGAAUCCUUAGAGUCUCAACAAGCGGUUUCAAGUCUGAAGAGUAAAAUAACUGAUCAAGAAGAGCAAAUUCAAACAUUGAUCAAAAAACGCCGCGAUGAUCUUGAAAAACUGAAAGAAUUCGAACGUACUAAACUUCAACUUGAUCAACUACAAAGUUACAAACGUGAAGCACAGGAACGUAUGAAAGAAUUAAACGAUAAAUUACAAAAUCAAGAAAACGAACUCAAAGAUACACGAGAAAAAUUCGCAGCUUAUCGUGAUGAAAUGGCUGAUACUGAAGUACGAAUUGAAUCGUUAACAUUGGAUCUUGAGAUGGCCGAAGAGAAGCUCGAAACAAUUACAUUAGAGAAUACAACAUUAAAAGAAAAAUUCGAAGAAGUACAAUUGGAAUUGGAUGUUAUCAAAGGCGAAAUACAAUUGAAUGGACCGGGUCAAGUUGCUAGUGGAAUUCAACAAAAGAUUGAUGAUGAACGAACAGCAAAAAUGGAACAAGCUUUGAUCAAGUUACGUGAUUUAUCAGUGACAAAACAAGCCGAAAAUGAUACAUUGAAAAAACAAUGCGAAACAUUGGAACAUAAAGUCAAAGUCUUAACAAAAGAGAACGAAAAUGCUAAAGCUGAUAUCACAAAUAUGCAAGCGACAAUCGCUGAUCUUAAAGAACAAGUUGAUACAUGUUUGGGUGCUCAACAAAUGGUUGAUAUAUUAACAAGUAAAAAUCUCACGCUCGAAGACCAAGUACGAGAGUUACAAGAAGCAGUCGACAACUUGGAAUCGCUCUGUGAAAUGGAUAAAGAAAUGGAAGAAAAUGCUAAAGAAGUUGAACACGAACUUCGAGAAACGAUCGAUUUGUUACAAAAUCAAAUUCGCGAGAAAGAGCGACAAACUGAACAAUUGCAAUAUACGAUCGGUGAUCAUGAACGUACAAUCCUGAAAUUCCGUGAAACAGUUAAAACUAUGCAAUUUCAAAACGAUCAAAGCAAGAAACAAAUGGAGAAAUAUGAUGAACAAUUGAAACUCGCCGGUUCCGCUCAAUCCAGUGAAUUCAAAGCGAAGAUUGUUGAAGCGAAAUCGUACAGCGAGGUCGUCGAAGGCGAAUUACAUAAACUUGAAGCGGCUAAUCUAAGCAAGCAUGUUCAUCUCUUAACAUUAUUUUUACCUGAACAGUUUCUCAAACGUGGUGCUGAUCAUGAUUGUAUCCUUGUUCUUUUACUUGUUCAUCGUUUGAUAUCCAAAUGUGAUUUAUUAACAACGGAAAUUCAAAAAAAAUUCGAAAGAAUCGACCAGUUAACAUUUGAUGAUGUCGUCAAGUCACAUCGAGCAGAACAGUGGGGUUUCGCUUGUAAAUUAUCUCAGUCACUAUCAAUAUUCCGUAUGAUUCUUCGAAAAUACGUGAAAGCGAUGGAAGUGUGUAAUCCAGAUAGUCUUCGUCAUUUAUCAAGCACUUACCAUGAUCUGUUAACUCAUGAGAAGUCCUUGGAUUUUUUGAUCGAUCUUUUACAAAAAGAUCAAUUACAUGAUUCGUUAUCAUUGAAUACACUAGACAAAACGAUUGCAUUCUAUGAACAUGUUUACAAAAGCCAUUUGAAUCAAGAGAAAUUUUCUAUGACAAAUUACAUGCGAGACCUAACAUCCGUUGUUUUGCUAAGCAGUGAUGUUCUGCAAACUGAUAUUCAACGUGUACAACUUUUACAAAAGCCUGGAAGUGAUCAAAGUCCAUUUGCUGUACUUGUGAAACGUCUUGUUGAAAGUAAUGAACAAAUGCGUGCUCAAGCUGCCAAAAUCAAUCGUCUUGUACCACAGGAUGAGAAUGCCAACCGUUCGAUAAGUUUUGAUUCCAAUACCAUAUCUUUGAUCGAAUCCUCCAUUCGUAAUCUUGAUCGACUUGCCAAAACAUUUCACGAAAUUUGCGCGGGUUUAACUACCCAAAUUCUCAUGCUUUCCGAUGCUAACGAACGAAUCAGUGCGCAAGACAUCGAAAACAUUGCCUAUCAAGCAUGUGACAAAAUCUAUAAAAAAGAAGACAGUGGUCCCUAUGAAAGUCUUCGGGAUUCGAUGAAUGAAACGAUCUCAACAUUGUCCACGAUCAGUAGCUCAUUAGAAUCAGGCGCGUAUGACUCGCCAUUGUCUGAUCAAAAUACUAAACAAGCUAUUUAUGUCAUUGCUGAACAACUGAAAACAUCAAUGAACGAAUCGGAUUCAGUUCGUGGUCGACUUGAAUUGAAAGAAGAGGAAUUAUUAGAUCUGAAGAAAAUGUUGAAAGUCAAACAUGAUGAAUUAAGCGAAUUGAACAUUCGUUUAUCGUUAAACGAGAAGAAAAUUGAAAAUUUACAAAAAGAAUUGGAAGAGAAAGAUAGUAAAUAUAAACAAACACUAGAAGAAGCCAGAGUCGAUGGACAGAAGAAGAUCAAACAAUGCGAAGAAGCUAUGGCAGUUUUGCAAAAUGAUAACGAACAACUUGAACAAGAAAAAAGCGUCCUGAAAGAGCGUUUGAGACAAUUAACAAAGAACAAAUUAGUCGAUGAUCUAAUGCAGAAAAAGAUCGGUGGACCACAAAAAACCGGUGGAAUGCUUAGUCCAUCACCAGAUGAUCGUGUAUCGUUACAACGUCAACUAGGUUCUCCAUCAAUAGGUGAUGGACUUGUUCUAUCAAGUACAAGUGAUCAAGAAGUUGCAGCACUUCGAAAUACUGUUCGUCUUUUGAAAGAUGAAUUAUGGCAUCUGAAAAUGACUCGUACAUCGGCGGAAUUAGCGAAAUUGGAUACACCCACCCCGUCGACAAAAACCAAUGAAAUCGCGGACAUUUAUAGGAAUUCCACAUUACUCUUAAACGAUUUAUUUUCAUCAAUUGCUAGUUAUAAAAUAACUGGAGAUAAUGUAGCUGCCAAACAAGAAAUCAUACGUACGAAGAUGAAAUUAGUUGAUCAAACUGCUUUCAAUUUAAACAACCGCUUGAAUCAAUGUCAAAGUUGUGUUCUACCAGGUUCAACUAUUCAAACAAAUAUGAAAACAUUCUCCAAUCCUCAAUUUUCUAAAUCUCUCGCACAAGACCGUCAAUUAGCAGCGGAAAUUCAACUUCCCGGCGUCGUUAACGGUGGUGAAUUCGAUAUCACUCAAGAACAAUAUCGUACAAUAAUGCGUGAAGCUAUUGGCUGCAUCUAA